GUGCUUGAGAACUAUUAUCAGAUGAAAAAUUUUAUUGAGUUAGGUUUUUCUCAAGCAUCUCCCUCUAUGUGGAGAAUCAAUUACAGAUUUCAUCUUCGUUCAGUUGUGAGUGUCGUCAAAGAUUCUUUAACAAUUCUCAUAACUGUUUUUGGAUUUUCGCUAUUCGUUUUAAGCAACACUCAAACUGAACAAGAUGAGAUAGCAUGUAAAGCUCUAGCAAUUUAUUUCGUAUACGUUAUAAUAAUUGUUGGUGCAAUUUCGAUCGCUUUAUUGAUUUAUUUUGUCAUAAUUAUUGCUGCUUAUGCCGCAAAGCGUAAAGCUAAAGAAGAAGCUGCCUUAGCAUCUGAAACAUCUGGUACAACGAGGUGA